AUUGUCUUUGCAGCCUUUAUAACGUGGACCAUUGCAUACAGAUAUCAGAUGUAAAGUGUUUCUUUUGGCCGCGGCGCUCUGGUGCGUGUUUUCUCGCCGCGGAGUGAUCGACUUCUGCAACACGCGAUCUCGGCGCGGCCGCAGCGCUCAUGCCCGCUGUUGAGUCCGGCUGCAGCGGGAGGAUGGACGGCGUGUCGCUGGGUGUGGCGGCCGGCCCGGCCUCGCCGCGUCCCACCUGCAGCACGGACUGCGAGGAGGACACCGUCAACGGAGGGCUGCACACCUUCAACCAGACGCACAUGAGGAAGGCCUUCCAGCUGAUGGACGACCUGCGCAGUAAGAAGAUGCUGUGUGACGUCCUGCUGGUGGCCGGAAGCGUCCAAGUACCGGCGCACAGGGUGGUCCUGGCGGCCUGUAGCCCCUACUUCUGUGCCAUGUUCACAGGUGAUAUGAGUGAGAGCAAAGCCCCCCAGGUGGAGAUCAGAGAGGUGGACGGACAGACCCUGAGGAAGCUCGUUGACUACAUCUACACGGCUGAGAUAGAGGUCACCGAGGACAACGUCCAGGUUCUGCUGCCUGCCGCCAGCCUCCUGCAGCUGACGGACGUGCGUCAGGUUUGUUGUGAGUUCCUCCAGUCGCAGCUUCACCCCACCAACUGUCUGGGCAUCCGAGCCUUCGCUGACCUGCACACGUGCACGCAGCUGCUCGACCAGUCCCACGCGUACGCCGAGCAGCACUUCUUCGACGUGGUGCAGGGAGAAGAGUUCCUGGGCCUUUCUCUGCAGCAGGUGUGCAGCCUCAUCUCCAGCGACAAGCUGACGGUCACCACGGAGGAGAAGGUAUUUGAAGCGAUGAUCUCGUGGAUCAAGUACGACGAGCCGACCCGCCUGGAGCACAUGCCCACCCUGAUGGAGCACGUCCGGCUCCCUCUGCUGUCCAGGGACUACCUGGUCCAGAAUGUGGAGGAAGAAGCUUUGAUCAAGAACAACAACACCUGUAAAGAUUUCCUGAUAGAAGCAAUGAAGUAUCACCUGCUGCCCGCCGACCAGCGGCACCUCAUCAAGACGGACCGGACCCGACCUCGAACGCCCAUCAGCAUCCCAAAGGUGAUGGUCGUGGUGGGCGGCCAGGCUCCCAAGGCCAUCCGCAGCGUGGAGGGUUACGACUUCCAGGAGGACCGCUGGUACCAAGUGGCCGACCUGCCCUCGAGGCGCUGCCGGGCCGGCGUGGUCUCCAUGGCGGGGCGGGUGUACGCCGUCGGCGGCUUCAACAGCUCCCUGCGGGAGCGGACCGUGGACGUGUACGACGGAGCCAAGGACCAGUGGAGCGCCGUGGCGAGCAUGCAGGAGAGGCGCAGCACUCUGGGGGCCGCCGUGUUGGGGGAUUUACUGUACGCUGUGGGGGGCUUCAAUGGCAGUAUAGGUCUGUCCACAGUAGAAGCCCACAACCAUAAAACCAACGAGUGGCUCUACGUCGCCUCCAUGAACACCAGACGCAGCAGCGUGGGCGUAGGGGUGGUGCACGGUAAGUUGUACGCAGUCGGAGGCUACGACGGAGCGUCCCGUCAGUGUCUCAGCACAGUGGAGGAGUACGACCCUGUGGCUGAUCAGUGGAGCUACGUAGCAGACAUGAGCACACGCCGCAGUGGAGCAGGUGUCGGUGUGCUGGGGGGCCGGCUGUAUGCAGCCGGAGGACACGACGGCCCCCUGGUGAGGAAGAGCGUCGAGGUGUACGACUCGCAGACCAACACCUGGACACUGGUCUGUGACAUGAACAUGUGCCGACGCAACGCAGGCGUGUGUGCCAUCAACGGGCUGCUGUACGUGAUCGGCGGCGACGACGGCUCCUGCAACCUCUCCUCGGUGGAGUUCUACGACCCGGCGUUGGACAAGUGGAGCCUCAUUCCCACCAACAUGAGCAACGGACGCAGCUACGCAGGAGUUGCAGUGAUUGACAAGCCGCUAUGACCGGGGGAGGGCGGGGCGCCGUGACGUGACGUCUGGAGGCGGCCGGUCACGUGGCGCCCGAGAGGAACCGGCUCCAAACGGGGCGAGGAUGCGGAUCCUGACUCGGAGGACGCCGUUUCACUGGAUGCAAAACAAUGUCCGCGUGGCGGUGGGUUUACGAGUCCUUUUCAAAUGAAAAUGAGGUAACGAGCGGCUGUAUCAGCCGCCACGCGGCGACGACGACGACGACGACGAGGUCAUCGCGGCGUUCGCUUACUGAGGAACUGAAUACUUUCAAACACCAGCUGGCUGCCUUCAGCGGGUUCCUGAGGAGGAGCGAUGUCCCAACCUGCUGCGUACCCACCGACCAUCCCACCAGACGGGCUCUGUAGUCCAGCUGUUGAGCCAAAAUGCCGCAGCUGCCAGAGCGAGUUUGGACCUCGAGAGCCGCCGGACCAUUUAAAGAAUGUAGAACGUCUCUUUAUGCAAAUCCGCUGUGAGGUUUAAUACCCUGGAGGUGGUUUUUAAAGCGGUCGGGGACCACUUGGCGUUGAGUUGACCCACUACUGAUGCACUGACUGAUGCGUGCCGGCAGGCUGCCUGUCUCACUGUCCUGCUGCCCGUCUCACUGUCUGUCCCCCCCCUGCUCCUACUCAAGGGAGGGAAAACGAUCAUUUCAACAAAUUGUAACACAAAUGUGCCAUUCAUAGCGCUCAGAACUCCUGGCGUGUUUUUAUCUCCUCGAAGCAAACAGAAACUGAGCUGAAGCAGGUUCAAGAUUCGUAACAAAGUGAGGUUCUCGUUUCAUUUCUCUGCCUUUUUGUUUCUUUAGCUCCGCCGGGUGGAUUUGUUAUUGGGGGACUGAGAUUCAUACGAGCUGCUCUAUGAAGGAAGCUUUCAGCCUGAAUAUAUUUCACUUCUGCCUACGAUCUUCCACAAAUCAUGGAUGCAACACGUAAAGACCGUGCUGUUCAUGUGUGUUUAACAGUCUCCUGCAUUUUCACUAAUGAAUAAAAUCAGAUCCUUUAAGUUCUAUCCUGUGUGAAGUCAGGACACUUUACAGUCUGACAUUUAACAAUAAUUAAUACUUUUUGGUCAUUUUUGACAGCCACUAAAAUGCAUAAAUGAUUCACUGAGCAAUUUUAAUGGUAUAAAUGUAUUUUAUUUGAACCCUCGUAUCAAUAGUCUGAACCCGUCGGGCAACAAGCAGCGUAUAAAUAACCUUUUAGCGCUGUUGUUUUUUCCCCUCAAGGCCCAUUUAACGUCACCAUGACGCGUUCUAGUGAACGGGGUUAAUGUUGUAUAUUUUAAUGUAUACUGCGGAUGUAGUAAACUUGACAGCUGAUAAUGUAAUAGAUCUGAUCUGAACUUCCUUACGUUCAUGUCGGUUUGUGCACGGCACCUUUUUGCCAAACUUGAGAAACAAAAACAUGAAGCACGUUUCCGCUGCAAGAAAUCCUUUAAAGUGACAAAAGUAAACGAGGUGGAAAUGUAUGUAUUCAAUAUUAAAUUUGAUAAUUUCAUCAUGUUUGCCAAUGUUUUAUAAGCGUUACUGUAUUUUGUGAGUUACGUUUACUUGUUUAGUAAAUCUUUAAUCUGACGUUUGUCACAUGACCUGGAUUAUAGCUGCAACUAGUUAUUCUUAAAGUUCUAGCAUUCCAAGCAAAGUAAAUGCAUAGUACACUAAAGUCCUAAAAUAGUCUUAUUAUUGCAGCUGGUUGUUUUCUUCUCCCGGAGAGGUGUAAUGAUGGCACACAGACAGCUGUUGAUGUGCAUGCAGAUGUUUCAGUGAUUUUCUCAUUUUCAUGGAAACAAAGCUGCACAAUAAAUGAGAAUUAAAACCGAA